GUCCACUGCCUUCCUCGACGCGCACCACUUUGGCAGCUCGGGCUUUGCCGGCCUUCAUGAUGCGCGUGCCACAAGAGCUCGUGGACGAGAUCGUCUCCUACAUGGCCUCUGAGACCGACUUGGAGAUAUUCGUGCGCCUCCUUGAGGCCUCUUACUCCCUAUUUGCGCCGCAGAUAUCCAAACUCCUUCCCCAGCUGCCUGUCGUCUUACAGCGUAAACGCCACUAUCACGCCUUGCAAGAUAUCCAUGAGCUCUUCCCCGAAGCCACGGAUCCCUCUGUCCGUCACGUCGUAGUCCAGCUUCUAAAGCCACUUUCGACCCACAACUGCGAAGACGUGCUGCUGCCUUCCGUCCUUGAAGCGUGCAUCGAUCUUCGCAGCCUAGCCUUCGAUCUCAACGGUAUGCUUUGGUCGGAGGCCACCGUAUCUGCUGCAUACAGGCUCUUUGAUGUCAUACAGUACUCGGCACUGGAAAGCCUCUCCCUGAGCCGCGUCAGAUUCAAAAAGUCGGAUAUCGACGUCUUCAGCGCCUUGGUUCUUCCCGCUACCUUGCACGAUUUGAGGUUGCACCAAGUCGAGGUGUCUAGCUCCCUCUAUAGAGCACACCUCGGUGCUAUGAUUCCAGACGCAGAUCUCCAAAAGCCGUCGCUCGUUAACCUUACCCUUGACGGGCCUUCCCUCUGUUUUGCCCGCAUGUUCACCGACGCAGUGUUCCCAUGCACGUCUGAGGACCUGAGAUCCCUGGACUAUACUCCGAUGUCCUGGAUCGAUCAUAUACAGCUCCGGGAUCUUCUGCGCGCGAGCCCGCAUCUGCAGCAUCUGACGCUCAGAAAAGGUGACGAUGAAAACUAUUCGUCAGACCACAAUCUCUUUGGAUGUGCAGCUCUAUGCUCGCUGUGCAUAUGUUUUGCGACGCCUGCAGGACAUCGCACUGUCCCUAGUGUCCUACGCACGAUUGAGACUAUUCCCGAGACGGCGCCCUUCGAACUGCUCACCUUCGCGAUCCCUGCCACUGGCACUAUCAAAAAGGGAGGGUGGGACGCUCUUGAGGAUGCUCUUCUGCGGCGGCAGUCUAUGCGUAUCAUGGAGAUGGUUUUCACUCCAUACAAGGAUAUCGCGCUGUCGGAGGGUAAGAAACGCGGGUAUGUCAAGGUUAUGAACGGCCUAAUGCCGCGGCUGCACUGUCAAGGCAAACUCAGAGUCAUCGUGGGUGAAGAUAUCUGAGAGUCGCCUAGUAGGAGCGGUGGAUGCGGUGGCCUUGCGGUGGCCAGGAUCAGGACGAACGCUGCGGUUGAAGUUAAGGCGGAUGUGACACGGGGAAUGCCGAAGCGGAAGCAGACGAUCACGCCGAUAUCACGUGUGCAAAGUUGAACUUGAUGUGCUCAUCACAUUUUCGUUCACCGGGCCAUAACGGCCCCGUCGAGCCUCAUAGUCAUCAUCUGAGGCUUUGCGCGGAUGUUUCCCAGAGUCAGUGUAUGUAGAAGAUCAACUCGACGACGAAACGGGCUG